CGGGUCCGCCGUAAUGAUGAGGGCUUUCUGAGACCGAUUCAUUUCAAAACUUGACGGGUUUCGAGUUUCACAGCUCACGGUGGAGUUGUCGCGUCGUGUGUUUGGGACAGAGAUGAACGCAGAGGUGGAUUACGGAGGCUCCGGGAGCAGCGGGAACGGGAAGCUGCGCCAGUGGCUGAUCGAGCAGGUGGAGUGCGGCAAAUACCCCGGGCUGGUGUGGGAGAACGACGAGAAGAGCAUCUUCAGGAUACCGUGGAAACACGCAGGGAAACAGGACUACAACCGGGAUGAGGAUGCCGCUCUUUUCAAGGCCUGGGCGUUGUUCAAAGGCAAGUUUCGGGAGGGGAUCGACAAGCCGGACCCGCCGACCUGGAAGACUCGCCUCCGCUGCGCGCUCAACAAGAGCAAUGACUUCUCGGAGCUUGUGGAGAGAAGCCAGCUGGACAUCUCAGACCCGUACAAAGUGUACCGCAUCAUCCCCGAGGGCGCCAAGAAAAGACCCAGACAGGAGGACAGUCCUCUGAGUCCAAUGAGCUACCAGGUGCACUCCCCCUAUCCUGCCCUUCAGACCCAGAUACCACAGUACGUGCCCACACCAGAGUGUGGCUGGAGAGAUUUCUGUCAGGAUCAGGCCUCCCUGCCUGAGCUGCCCUUCUCUCAGUGUCCCUGUCCCCCCCGCAGCCUGCCAUGGCAGGGCCAGUCCAUGGAGAACGGAUAUCAGCUCAGAGCCUCCAUCUACUCGUACGGUCCUGCCGACAGUCAGCCCUCGCCUUUCACACUGGACGCCAGCAUCAGAUCAGCAGAGGCGCUCUCAGACUUCCGCCUGCAUGUGUCUGUGUACUUCCGGGACACUCUGGUGAGGGAGGUGACCACCUCCAGUCCAGAGGGUUGCCACAUCACUCCCUGCUCCCCAGAGGAGAAGCAUUACCUGCCUCCUGGAGGUCCUGAGGUGGUCCCCCUGCCUGUGGACAGUCUCUCUGCCCAAAGGAGGACAGAGGAGUGUCCUCCGAGUCCCCCGUCCACCCUGGAGAGGGGAGUGUUACUGUGGAUGGGCCCGGAUGGACUCUAUGCUCGAAGGCUGUGUCAAGGAAGAGUGUACUGGCAGGGAGGACUGUCCCAGUAUGGAGACAAGCCCAACAAACUGGAGAGAGAGGUCACCUGUAAACUCCUCCACACACAGGACUACCUGACAGAGAUCCAGAGUUACGGGCUCCACGGUCGGCCGCUUCCUCGUUUCCAGGUCCUUUUGAACUUUGGAGACGAGUGUCUGGACCUGCAGAGACAAAGACGGACCCUCACAGUCCAGGUGGAGCCAUUGUUCGCCAGGCAGCUCCUGUACUACGCCCAGCAGAUGGGCGGCCACUUCUUCCGCAGCUACGAGCACCCGGGAGUCACGGACCACAUAAACACCUCUGAGGAUUACCAGAGGACCAUCACACAUCACCACAGCAGCAGUCUGCAGGAGUGAUCUCCAUACAUUCAAGUGACUGUUGAAAACUUUAAGACGCAGCAGUGACCUUUGACACAGGGGACGAGAUAACUGAGACAAAAGGACAAACGUGGACAGUGUUAUACAUGAAGAUUAUGGACAUUUAGUGACAGUAACUGUUUGCCCUGUAGGACUCGAUGUGUGUUUGUCGGUGUGUGUGGCUGGAACAAAAGUUGUGUUAUUUCUUUCUCUCUUUACUAUAUUUUUGUGGCACCGUUUUUAUGGCUCCAUACUUACUAUGCAAAGAAAACUGACAGCUUAGGCGAUUGUACAGAAGAAAACUGUGAUGUUGUAGACAUUUUGGGAAAUACUCAUUCACUUUUUGAUGUGUAAGAUGAAAAGAUUGAUACCCCUCUGUAAACAUGAAGCUGGAGCCAGCAGGCAGUUAGCUUAGCUUAGCACAAAGACUUGAAAUAGGGGAAACUGCUAGCCUGGCUCUAAGUAAAGGUAACAAAAUGUACCUCUACAGGCACCUCUAUAGAUCACAAUUUAAAACGUUAUAAUUAUUUUGUUUAUUCUGUAGAAAGACUGGUGUGAAAACAUCACAUUUGCCAUUGUAUAGGGGUCAUGAGUCAGACUGUUUCCUUUUAACACCUUUCUUCAUCUGUAACAUGUCAUUUAGGAGCUUUGAAGGUGUGGGGAAGCAGUUUUUUUACCUCUGAAAUUAGCCAGCUAGCUGUUUCACCCAUUUGCAAUCUUUAUGCUAAACUAAGCUAAUCGUUUGCUGCCAGUUGCUUUAUAUUUGUUGUACAGACGCGAGAGCGGUAAUGAAUUUUUCUUGUUUAACCCUUCUUCUAAAUAUGUUUAUUGUUGCCGGGAGACACUAUCACCACCAUUUAAGUUAUGAAUGAAGUCUUGUGCCUGGCUAUGUUUGUGUGAAAAACUCUCAGGGAGCUGGUUUUAGAUAAGCUUUUUCAACUCAAUUUUGAAUUACAAGAUAUAUUUUUUUAAAUUUAAGUGUCGUAUAUCAAAUCUGAGAAAGAGCUGGAGUGGACCUUUUAGCUUUUUUGCCUUGAAGGAACACAUUUCUGUUGUAAAAAACAAUAAAUGGCUUAAG